UUAGCAGCAGGCACUACCAACGCAGAGGCAGACACCGCUACCGCUUGGUGAUCAUGCUUAGUAGGUAAAAUCGAGGAUUAGUAGAAAGACGGACGACGGAUGCCAUUACGGCAUGGUGCGGAUCGUUUUCAGGUAGAAUCGAGGGCUACCUACCUACGCCUUAGGUUAGGCCAUCAGUCUUCGUCUACUGCUUCACGUCAGCGUGCAUGUUUGUCGUCUGUCGUUCCGUGCUGACUCGCCUGGCGAACCGUUAACUGUCAGUUACAUCGUCACCUUCUGCGUCGUUUAUGAUCGCCGAGAGCUACUGUCGGCAAUCGGUUGGUUGUGGUCGGUCGGACCGUGCAGCGUACGGAGACGCACGAGGCAGGAGUGCAUUCGGCGUUCGUGCAAUCAGCGUCAAGUUGUUUGGAAUUCUAGAUAACUCUGUAGAUCAGCGGGCAUGGCGGUUUCGUUCGAGAGCGACGACUACAAGCAAGGCGUGCCCGAGAACCUCGAGAACCUCGUCGCGCCUCACAUCGACUCCUUUGACUAUUUCGUCGAGCGCGGGUUACCAGAAGCCGUUCGCCUGAUUCGCCCGGUGGAAGUGCAUGACUCGUUCAGGAAGCUCAGAUUCUACUUGUGGUGGGAAAACCCGAGCAUCACGAAGCCUUUUAGCGAGGAUGGCCAGCACCGACCCGUUUACCCAUCAGAGUGCCGGCAAUCAGGCGGCACGUACCGAGGCGAUUUCCGCAUUGAUCUCUGCGUCUCCUACUUCGACGAUGACGAUGACGUUGCAGAUGCUGACGUGGCCAAGGGCCCCAUGCAGCGCCAGCAGAUCAGCCUGGGGAGGAUGCCGAUCAUGGUCAAGUCCAGUGCGUGCCACCUGCGCAACCUCACGCAGGAGCAGCUCGUGCGGCGCAAGGAGGAGAGCAUCGAACUGGGCGGCUACUUCAUCUGCAACGGCUUUGAGCGUCUGCUGCGCCUGCUCAUCGCUCCCCGCCGCAACUAUGUGAUGAAUCUGCGGCGCCCAUCACUGCUGAAGAAAGGGCUCAACUUCUCAGACAUGGCCACCAUUAUCCGGUGUGUGCGCACGGACCAGUCAGCAAUAACCAACAAGCUCAUCUACGUCAACGACGGCAAUGCUUGCUUCAGCUUCUCCCUGCGGAGGCAAGAGUACUUCAUUCCUGUGGGAAUCAUUCUCAAGUGCCUAAUGGACGUCUCAGAUGCGGAGCUGUACGAGCAUCUGACGGCCAUCCUGACAGCAGAGCAAGCUGCAGCCGACACCCCAGAGAACGACGACCAGCAAAGCACUCUGGCUGAAACAGCACUAGUUACUGCUGGUGUUGGUGCUGCUGGUGUUGUUGCUGCUGCUGCUGCUGGUGCUGCUGCUGGUGGUGAAACCUCCUCUGCCUCCGCCUCUGCAUCAGCAGCAGCGGCAGCGAAGCUAGGAACGCAGUUUGUGAGGGAGAGGGCGCUGGUGCUGCUGAGCCAUCCGCACAGGCUGGGCCUCUUCACGCGCAUGGAGUGCCUGGCGUACCUGGGGAAGAACUUCCGCCCCGCCAUGGACGUGUUGGAGAGCAAGUCCGACGCCUAUGUGGGCCAGCAGGUGAUCUCGGAAUACGUGCUCGUGCACCUCGACAAGCCCAAGGACAAGCUCAGGCUGCUCGUGUUCAUGCUGCAGAAGCUGUGGUCGUUUGUGGACGGGCUGUCGCAGGAGGACAACCAGGACACACUCAUGCACCACGAGCUGUACCUUCCGGGCCAUAUUCUCAACAUCUUUGUCAAGGAGAAGCUCCAGGGUUACCUCCAGAAGAUCCAAAACCAUGCCGCCCAGGAGCUCGUCAACAACCCCACCACGACGGAUCUCCGCGCCUCCAACUGGCUGCGCCGCCUCAUCGAGAGCGGCGGGGCGGGCGGCGCCGCCAGCCGGUCCGGGGCGGCAGGGGCGGGCGGCGGGGUCGGGCUGGGGAUGGCAUAUCUAGGGAAGGACAUCGAGUACAUGUUGAACACGGGGAACCUGAGCAGCCCAUCGGGGCUGGACCUGUCGCAGCGGACGGGGCUCACGAUCAUGGCGGAUAAGCUCAACUGGCACCGCUACCUCUCGCACUUCCGAUCCGUGCAUCGAGGAGCGUUCUUCUCGACGCUGCGGACGACCACUGUGCGCAAGCUGCUGCCAGAGUCCUGGGGCUUCAUGUGCCCUGUGCACACGCCAGACGGGGCCCCCUGCGGUCUGCUCAACCACCUUGCAGCACCCUGCACAGUCGCCACCGACCUCACCCCUCCUCCCCUCUCCUCCUCCUCUUCCUCCUCCGCCCUCCUCCCCUCCACCCCCCGCUCCCCGCACCUCCCCCACACGCCUUCCACCCCUGCUGCAACCCCCGGAGCGGUUGUUCUAGCCUCCGGGCUAGGCUCGGGGGUAGGUGCGGUGAAAUCGCGAGACGCGGUUGGCCGCGCGGUGCUGCGGUGCUUGGCGCCGUUUGGGCUGGCGGCGGUGGGAGCGGGGGUGCCGCCUCCUGGGCCCCCUCCUGUGUUUCUGAUAGUGAUUGUGGAUGGGUGUGUGUUGGGGCACAUACAUGCGGACAUGGCACCUGGUGCUGUGAAGCACCUGAGGUGCCUCAAGGCGACUGGAGAAGCAGGGAUCCCUCGUGACCUCGAGGUUGCCUUCAUCCCCUUCUCCCAGCAAGGAACCUUCCCCGGGAUCUUCCUCUUCUCUGCACCGGCGCGCUUCGUCCGCCCUGUCAGGCAGCUGCCGUCACUCAACCCCAAGGCUACGGCAGCAGCACCCACGUUUGAGCUGAUUGGCAGUCUGGAGCAGGUCUUUCUCGAUGUGCUCUGCCCUGAUGGCUCGUCCUCCUCUCCCACCCGAUCCGGCCAAGCCUCGACGACAGGCUCGGCGACGCACGAGGAGGUUCGGCCGACGGACAUCCUGAGUGUGAUGGCGAGCCUGACUCCCUGGUCCGACUACAACCAGAGCCCGCGCAACAUGUACCAGUGCCAGAUGGGCAAGCAGACCAUGGGCAUGCCGCUGCACUCCUUCCCCUUCCGCAACGACAACAAGCUCUACCGCCUGCAGACGCCCCAGACGCCCAUCGCGCGCACCACAGCCUACGACGACUAUGCCAUGGAUAACUUCCCCACAGGGGCUAAUGCUGUGGUGGCUGUGCUGGCUUAUACCGGGUACGACAUGGAGGACGCGAUGAUCAUCAACAAGUCGUCCAUGGAGAGGGGCUUUGGCCACGGGUACAUCUACAAGAACGAGCUGAUCGACGCCUCCCAGGGCGCGUCAGCAUCACGCGGGGCCAGAUUCACGCCCUCGGGGCUGCCGGUGCAGAUGCUGGGGCGCCCUGCCAACAGUAGACGCUUCCAGAAGCCCUCCAUUGACUCGGAUGGCUUGCCCCGGCCUGGCGAGCACAUUUCGAGUGGCGAUGUGUAUGCAUGCACCAUUAACACGGUGACCGGCAAGGCGGACGAGACGAAGCUCAAGGGGUCGGAGGAUGCGAUCAUCGACGCUGUCACCGUCAUUGGCACCGGGCCAAAGACUGCUCUCACCAAGGCAUCUGUUCGACUGAGGUUCGGUCGCAUGCCCCAGAUAGGAGACAAGUUCAGCAGCCGCCACGGGCAGAAGGGAGUGCUGUCGCAGCUGUGGCCCGACGUCGAUAUGCCCUUCGCGUCGUCCUCCGGCAUGCGUCCGGACAUCAUCAUCAACCCCCAUGCCUUUCCAUCCCGCAUGACCAUCGGCAUGCUCGUCGAAUCCGUUGCUGCUAAGAGCGGCGCGCUGCACGGCAACUUCGUGGACGCCUCGCCCUUCCGCCCAUCCACUCUGAACCCCCCUCCGCUCACCAUGAGCCUCAAGUCCCGCCAGCCCGCCACACGACGUGGCGGCUCCCGAAUGGCCCGCUCCUCCGUGGCUGCUUCGCCAGCUGUCUCCACCCCUGUUCCCCACUCCAAGCUGCAGCGGCCUGUGGGUGUCCCUGCCACCCCUGCCACCCCUGCCACUCCUGCUGCUGGUGCUGCCGGUGGUGCUGGGAAGGGGGCUGGGAGCUUUACCCCCUUGGAUCUCCCCAACCCUGUUUCGUCUGCCAAGCCUGGGCAGACCGCCAAGGCUGCUGCCACACCUGCAGGACCGGCAGCAGCAGCAGCAGCAGGUGCGGGCUGCGAAUCAAAUCUGCCGCAGAAUCGCGGGGAUCUGGUGGACACUUUCGGGCGGCAGCUGGUGUCAAAGGGGUUCAGCUACUACGGCACAGAGACCAUGUACAGCGGGGUAUAUGGCACGGAGAUGGAGUGCGACAUCUACCUCGGGGUAGUCUACUACCAGCGACUCAGGCACAUGGUGUCAGAUAAAUUCCAAGUACGGUCCACCGGGCCUGUAAACCCACUCACACAGCAGCCGGUGAAGGGGCGCAGUAGGGGCGGUGGAGUGCGGUUCGGAGAGAUGGAGCGCGAUGCAAUGCUCUCCCACGGCGCGGCCUUCCUCCUGCAUGACAGGCUCCACACGUGCUCCGACUACCAUACCACUGAUGUCUGCUCUCUUUGCGGAUCCCUGCUUGCCCCGGCCCUGGCGCUGCCCCGAGGCGGGGCGGCAGGUUCGGAUGCAGCUGCGGCGCUAGGGUUGGGGCUGGGCGUGGGGGUGGGGUAUGGCACGGUGGGUGGCGAGCUGAGGCAGAAAAAGAUGGUGUGUCGGGUGUGUGGCACGGGGAGGGGAGUGGUGCGCGUGGCGAUGCCGUUUGUGUUCAAGUAUUUGGCGGCUGAGCUAGCUGCAAUGAACAUCAAGCUCACUCUGGGGGUGUGAGGGGUGUGAGAUGGCAUGGCUCUGUUGUGUUGUGUGACACUGCUGGGGCGCACGGGCCGUGCCUGACAUUGGUUCGCGCGUGGCGAUGCCAUUUGUGUUCAAGUACCUGGCUGCUGAGCUGGCUGCAAUGAACAUCAAGCUCACGCUGGGUGUGGAGUGACAACGUAGGGGUGUGAAGGUGUGGGGGUGGUGGUGUUGAAAGAAGCUAAGCCUAGGAGCUAGUUAGGCAUGAGAAAUGUCGAGGUUUUAGCUAGGGAGAAAAGUGACAAGAGAAAAGAGGGUUGGACUAGAAGAGAGAGAUACAAGAAGGGUGGUGUACCCUCUACAAUAGGAUCUAGUAUUGUGGCACACCUAACCUACCAAGCCUACACAAUUAUCUAUCAAUAAUAUAUAUAAGUUGAC